GCUCAGGAAGAGGCACAGAAAGCAAGUGAUGACUUGGAUGAACAGGUAGCAUCGUUAAUUGCCAGAUGCGAAGAGUUGAAGGGACUAGUGCAGAUCCAGCAAGAUCAAAUCAGGAAGCUUGACGAAGAAAAGCAAGUUCUCUGUGGGCAGCUACAGGAUGCCAGAGACGACGAGAAUCGAAUGGUCGAGCAGAACACAGAAAAUGAGCACUCGUUGCAUAUGGUGGCCACUUUGAAAGCAGAUCUUUUGGAGAAGGAAAAAGUGGUUGAAGAUGAAAAUUCAUCAUUGUUAGCUAAAAUACAGUUACUGGAAAACAAUGAGCAAGAAAACGAAAAAGAAAUGAAAUGCUUGUUACAAAAAAUGGAUGAUAUCCAUGUAGGUAAAGAAGAUUUAACAACAGAAAUGAACGAUAUGCGCAUAGCGUAUGACAGGAGCUGUUCUGAAGUGAAGCAAUUGAAGGAACAAUUAAUUGAAAAGGAAGAGGAAAUAUCAAAUUUACGAUGUGCAACAGCUACUGCUGACAAUGAGAUCAACAACAGAGCAACGCAAAUGGAUGAAUUGAUUGCGAAAAAUGCUACCCUGGAAGCGAUAAAUGAGAAGUUGCGGAUUGAAUUUCUUCAAAAGGUACGAAUUAUCAUAAUUAUUCUCUGUGAUGAAUUUCGUUCCCUUCAUUUCGUGGAGCUGAGCUCACGGAUCAGCAAGUAA